UAAAGAUUAUACAAGUGCUCUUAAUAAUAAGUGCUCAGGAAAUGUUAGUUUUCAAACUUCCCGCUUUUCCUUCCAGGAUGCCUAACCCUGUGGGCCCUAGGUUCCGGCCGUGGCAGCACUCUCGCUCCCAAGGUCUCCUCGGACUUUCCUCCUCCCGGAGGCUUUCCAGCCAGCUGCGGGUGACACAAUCUCUAUUUUUCUCAGGGCGAUCCACAGUCCUGGGAAGGUUUAGGUACCUCCCUGAACAUGGCUUUAUUUUGGGCUUUCCCAGCGCUCAGAGAGUGGGAGACUGCUGGGGAAUUCGGAACUGAGAAAAACAUCAGUCUCACCGGAAGAAAACCCCCCCAAAACAAAAACCACUUCGACUCUUAACUAGGGGUUGGCCCUGCGGACGUGUCCAGGCCGCUCCCCCUCCAGCCGCUAGGUGGUGCGCGAGGAAGCUCCGGAACUCUCUCCCGGGACUGCGCACGCAUCCUUCUCCGUUAUUGCUCCCUUCACUUCCGUUGAGCGUUGCAUCGGCGCUUGUCCCAGGCGGCUACCCGUACGCAUCCGAAACUAGCCCGGGAACUAAGAGUCAGAGGAGCGGGAUUCGCGAGUUUGCUGAUUCCGGACGUCCUGGGGACCGGCAAGAUGUGCUCCCUGGGGUUGUUCCCUCCGCCGCCGCCUAGGGGUCAAGUCACCCUAUACGAGCACAAUAACGAGCUGGUGACGGGCAAUACCUAUGAGAGUCCGCCUCCUGACUUCCGGGGCCAGUGGGUCAAUCUUCCUGUCCUAAAUCUGACGAAGGAUCCCCUGAAGACCCCUGGGAGGCUGGACCAUGGCACAAGAACUGCUUUCCUCCAUCAUCGGGAGCAAGUGUGGAAGAGAUGCAUCAAUAUUUGGCGUGACAUGGGCCUGUUUGGGGUGCUGAAUGAAAUUGCAAACUCGGAGGAGGAGGUGUUUGAAUGGGUGAAGACGGCGUCCAGCUGGGCCCUGGCACUCUGUCGAUGGGCCUCCUCCCUCCAUGGGUCCCUGUUCCCCCAUCUGUCUCUCAGGAGUGAAGAUCUGAUUGCUGAAUUUGCCCAAGUCACAAAUUGGUCCAGCUGCUGCUUGCGGGUCUUUGCGUGGCACCCCCAUACCAACAAGUUUGCAGUGGCCCUGCUAGAUGACUCAGUCCGUGUAUAUAAUGCCAACAGCACUAUAGUCCCCUCUCUGAAGCACCGGCUGCAGCGAAAUGUGGCAGCUCUGGCCUGGAAGCCCCUCAGCGCCUCUGUCUUGGCUGUGGCCUGCCAGAGCUGCAUUCUCAUCUGGACCCUGGACCCCACCUCCUUGUCUACCAGACCCUCUUCUGGCUGUGCACAAGUACUGUCCCACCCUGGGCACACACCUGUCACCAGCUUGGCCUGGGCUCCCAGUGGGGGGCGGCUGCUCUCAGCUUCACCUGUGGAUGCUGCUAUCCUGGUAUGGGAUAUCUCAACAGAGACCUGUGUUCCCCUUCCCUGGUUUCGGGGAGGUGGGGUCACCAACCUGCUCUGGUCCCCGGAUGGCAGCAAAGUCCUGGCUACCACUCCCUCAGCUGUAUUUCGAGUCUGGGAGGCCCAGCUGUGGACUUGCGAGAGGUGGCCUACGCUCUCAGGGAGAUGUCAGACUGGCUGCUGGAGCCCAGAUGGAAACCGACUGCUGUUCACUGUAUUGGGAGAGCCACUGAUUUACUCCUUGUCCUUCCCAGAACAUUGUGGUGAGGGAAAGGGGCGCGUUGGAGGUGCAAAAUCAGCAACGAUUGUGGCAGACCUGUCUGAGACAACAAUACAGACACCACAGGGAGAGGAAAGACUUGGGGGAGAGGCUCACUCCAUGGUCUGGGACCCCAGCGGGGAGCGUCUGGCUGUGCUCAUGAAAGGAAAUCCACGGGUCCAGGAUGGUAAGCCAGUUGUCCUCCUUUUCCGCACUCGAAACAGCCCCGUGUUUGAAUUACUUCCUUGUGGUAUUAUCCAGGGGGAGCCAGGAGCCCAGGCCCAGCUCAUCACUUUCCAUCCUUCCUUCAACAAAGGGGCUCUGCUCAGUGUGUGCUGGUCCACAGGCCGAAUCGCCCACAUCCCUUUAUACUUCGUCAAUGUCCAGUUUCCACGUUUUAGCCCAGUGCUUGGCCGAACCCAGGAGCCUCUCGUUGGCGGCGUAGGUUGUAUUCAUGAUCUGCCUCUCUUUACUGAGACAUCCCCAACCUCUGCUCCCUGGGACCCUCUGCCAGGGCCACCGUCUGCUCGGCCCCACUCCCCUCACUCCCACUUCUAAUAAUAAUAAAUUUCCUUCUUUGUCUUCCAGUCAA